AUGACUGUUGCUAGACGCUUCGUCCCUCUCUUUGACAGGGUGCUCGUUUCCAAGAUUAAACCGGAACACAAGACUAAAUCUGGCAUUUUACUUCCAGAUUCCGCCAAUCUUUCUUCUCGCAUGGCCAAGGUCGUCGCUGUCGGCGCUGGACGGCAUAACUCCAAGGGCGAGCUCGUCGCUCCCACCUUGAAGGUCGGCGACACUGUCGUCAUUCCCGAGUACGGCGGCAUGGAUUUAAAGUUUGAGGGCGAAGUCUACACUGCCUACCGCGAGGAGGACAUAAUUGGCACAUACAACUAA